CGCGUCAGUCCGCUGCUGCGCGCAGAAAAGCUUUGUCGUCUGGAAAGUGAAGCUCUGAUACCCUACAGUCAUGUCUGAUAAGCCGAAUCUGGAGGAAGUCACCAGCUUUGACAAAAGCAAGCUGAAGAAGACUCAGACUGAGGAGAAAAAUCCCCUGCCGUCUAAAGAAACCAUUGAACAGGAGAAGCAAGCAGAGACGUCAUGAACACAGAGCGUCCGCCAUGCACUGUACAUUCCACAAACAUUGCCUUGUUUUUAACUCCUUUUAGCUGUAUUACUUUGUAACCUGAGCCCGUGUUGCAUUGUGAUUGGAUGAAAGCCGAUGACUGUCUGGUACUUACUCUACCACUUCCACUCCAACAAAAACACAAAAUCUCUUUCCACCCCUUUAAGCCCCGACUCCUUUAACAAUAAUGGAGGAAACUACUGACUGGCAAUCUGUGUGUUGGACUUGCUGUUAUCCAAAUGUCCCUCUGCACUCUGAGCUCUCCGGAGUCCAUCGCUGAAUGGGGAAUAGAGAGCGUGCUCACCAACUGCACGACAUGCGUGUCCCUCUAAUCCAAGCCAAUCGUGGCUUUUGGCAACUUGUAAAAUGCUUUCAAAUUGAGUGGCAUUUUUUUUUAAUUUCAGUUCUUGGAAUGCACAACAUUUUGUUUUGAUAUGCAAAUAAAAUUUUAAAACAAA